AUGGCUGGAACAGGAGACCCUCAAUAUGGUCGUACCUUGGGGGUGGGGAAGAGUACACCUGGCUGGAACCGGACCUCCAGAACUAUGGUCAGUACCUCUGGGGGGGGGGGGGGGGGGAGGAGUACCACCUUGGCCUGGAACCAGGGACCCCUCCAGAACUAUGGUCAGUACCUCUGGGGGGGGGGGGAGGAGUACCACCUUGGCCUGGAACCAGGGACCCCUCCAGAACUAUGGUCAGUACCUCUGGGGGGGGGGGGGGAAGGAGUACCACCUUGGCCUGGAACCAGGGACCCCCUCCAGAAACUAUGGUCAGUACCUCUGGGGGGGGGGGGGGAGGAGUACCACCUUGGCCUGGAACCAGGGACCCCUCCAGAACUAUGGUCAGUACCUCUGGGGGGGGGGGGGGGAGGAGUACCACUUGGCCUGGAACCAGGGGACCCCUCCAGAAACUAUGGUCAGUACCUCUGGGGGGGGGUGGGGAAGGAGUACCACCUUGGCCUGGAACAGGGACCCCUCCAGAACUAUGGUCAGUACCUCUGGGGGGGGGGGGGGGAAGGAGUACCACCUUGGCCUGGAACCAGGGACCCCUCCAGAACUAUGGUCAGUACCUCUGGGGGGGGGGGGGGAAGGAGUACCACCUUGGCCUGGAACCAGGGACCCCUCCAGAACUAUGGUCAGUACCUCUGGGGGGGGGGGGGGGGAAGGAGUACCACCUUGGCCUGGAAACCAGGGACCCCCCUCCAGAACUAUGGUCAGUACCUCUGGGGGGGUGGGGAAGGAGUACCACCUUGGCCUGGGAACCAGGGACCCCUCAGAACUAUGGUCAGUACCUCUGGGGGGUGGGGAAGGAGUACCACCUUGGCUGGAACCAGGGACCCCUCCAGAAACUAUGGUCAGGACCUCUGGGGGGGGGGGGGGGAAGGAGUACCACCUUGGCCUGGAACCAGGGACCCCUCCAGAACUAUGGUCAGUACCUCUGGGGGGGGGGUGGGGAAGGAGUACCACCUUGGCCUGGAACCAGGGACCCCUCCAGAACUAUGGUCAGUACCUCUGGGGGGUGGGGGAAGGAGUACCACCUUGGCCUGGAACCAGGGACCCCUCCAGAACUAUGGUCAGUACCUCUGGGGGGGGGGGGGGGAAGGAGUACCACCUUGGCCUGGAACCAGGGACCCCUCCAGAACUAUGGUCAGUACCUCUGGGGGGGUGGGGAAGGAGUACUUCUGGGUCUCAGGGGUGGGUGACGUCGCUUGCACAACGGAAGCUACUAGCUGCACCGCUAACAAGCUAGCAAUUCUACUUCACCUGCACACACUUAAUAGUAAACUAGUGUCCAUAUUAGGACACAGCCGAACACUUCCUCCCCUCUGUAGUGCACUUUUUUUUUUUACAUUUUACAUUUUAGUCAUUUAGCAGACGCUCUUAUCCAGAGCGACUUACAGUUAGUGAGUGCAUACAUUAUUUUGUGCAGUAAGGACAUUAACAGUGUGGUUUAUAGGACCCCUCCUAACCUCCCUUCUCCCCUCCUCCCUAGUGCAGUAAGGACAUGGUGUAGUAUGGGUACUGUACACUAAAUAGUAUGCUAACUCCCCUCUCCCCUCCACCCUAGUGUACAUGCAGUAAAGACAUGGUGAAAAUCAGUAUGGAUCCCUUCGUGAAGUGGUUCCAACCGGACCGCUAUGCCGUAUGGAAGCUGGGGAAAGAGCUUCCGGUCCUGGACACACCGAGCCACGCGGGACCAGCCCUGGAGUGGAGGAACUGGAGCGCAGCGGGUGCAAGAUGAGGAGAGGUUGGGGGGGUGUGGGAGGGAGGAGGGGUGUGGGAGGGAGGAGGGGUGUGGGAGGGAGGAGGGUGUGGAGGGAGGAGGGGGGGGGAGGGGGGGGGGAGGAGGGGUGGGGAGGGGUGGGGAGGGGGGGUGUGGGAGGGAGGAGGGGGGGUGGUGGAGGGGAGGAGGGGUGUGGGGGAGGAGGGGUGGGAGAGGGGGGGGGUGUGGGAGGGGUGGAGGGGGGGGGAGGGUGGUGGGAGGGGAGGAGGGGUGUGGGAGGGAGGAGGGUGUGGGAGGAGGGAGGGGUGUGGGAGGGAGAGGGGUGUGGGGAGUGGAGGUGUGGGAGGGGGUGGUGGAGAGGAGAGGGGGUGGGGAGGUGGAGGUGUCGGGGAGGGAGGGCGAGGGGGAGGGAGGGGUGGGGAGGAGGGGUGGGAGGGUAGCGGAGGAGGGGUGUGGAAGGGAGGAGAGGGUGGGGGGAGACUGGGGGAGGGGAGGGAGGAGGGGUGGGUGGGAGGGAGGAGGGGUGUGGGAGGGAGGGUGGGGGAGGGAGGAGGGGUGUGGGGGGGUGGGAGGGGUGUGGGAGGGAGGAGGGGUGAGGGAGGGGGUGUGGGAGGGAGGAGGGGGUGGGGAGGGGGGAGGGGCGUGGGAGGGGGAGGGGUGUGGAGGAGGGGUGUGGAAGGGGAGGAGGGGGCUUUGGGAGGGAGGAGGGUGGGGAGGGAGGAGGGGGGGGGUGGGGAGGGGGGUGGGGUGGGGGGAGGGUGGGGAGGGUGGAGGAGAGGUGUGGGAGGAGGGGGGGUGUGGGAGGGAGGAGGGGGGUGUGGGGAGGGGUGUGGGAGGUGUGAACAUACGAAUGUGUCUUGCUGGACUGCAUUAAACCCACAACUCAUCCAGAAUGCCGGCAGCCGUCUGGUGCAACCUUCCCAAGCUCUCUCACGUCACCCCCCUCCUCCACACACUCACUGGCUUCCAGUUGAAGCUCGCAUCCGCUACAAGACCAUGGUGCUUGCUAUGGAGCAGUGAGGGGAACGGCACCUCUGUACCUUCAGGCUCUGAUCAGUCCCUAACCCAAACGAGGGCAUUGCGUUCAUCCACCUCUGGCCUGCUGGUCCCCUUCCUCUGCGGAAGCAUAGCUCCCGCUGCGCCAGUCAAAAUGUUCGCUGCUCUGGCACCCCAAUGGUGGAACACGCUCCCUAACGACGCCCAGGACAGCGGAGUCACUCCACCACCUUCCGGAGGACAUUUGAAACCCCACUCUUUAAGGAAUACACGGGAAGGAUAAAGUAUUCCUUCUAACCCCCCCCCCCCCCCCCCCCCCCCCCCCCACCCCCCCCCCCCCCCCCCCCCCAAAAUUGUAAAGUGGUUAUCCCACUGGAUAUAGGGUUGAACGCACCAAUUUGUGAGUCGCUCUGGCUAAAGGCGUCUGCUAAAUGACGUUAAUGUGCCCUUGAGCAAGGCACUUAACCCUAAUUGCUCCUGUAAGUCGUUUUGGAUAAGAGCGUCUGCUAAAUGACUAAAUGUAAAUGUAAAAUGUUGCAGAUUUUUAGAAUUGUUAUGGAAAAAAAAGUGGCAUGUCAAAGAGAUGCGAACGUUUCUCCAUUUGGCCCCCUUACAGCAGCCUCCCACACCCACAGACCAGAUCCAAGCGCCUGAGGACCAGCGAGGAGCCUGUAGCCCUGGAAGGGUGCUCUGUCCUGGGUAGGAGGAGAGGCCUGGGGGGCACCCUGGCUCCCAAGAUCCGGAGAGGCUGCAGGGCCGUGGUAGAGGAGGAGGAGGAGGAGGAGGAAGAGGAAGAAGGAGAGGGAGAGGAUCAGACUGAGAAUACACUCCGGCUACCUGGUAAGAGAUUAGUUGAUUGAUUGAUUCUGAAUGAUUUAUCUAUUGAUUGAUUGGUGGAAAGAGCAUAGAGCUCCUAUUAAAUUAGUAGAAGGGCUAUGUCAUAAACCCUCAAUGUUCCAGAAUGGGGUGAAAAUGGCAGCCAUAUUGGUCAGGGAGAAAUCCAAACCAGUCUAAUUGGAAUGGAUGGCAGUAGAGGCACAAUUCUGAUACUUAUGCCGGAAAAUAAAACUAAGGCAUGAGAUAUCAGAAAUUGUGCAAUAGAAUUCAUGUCAACCUAAAAUAUUGUAUAAAUAAAUUGUCUGGCUAGCUAGCUAACAAACAUACAGUGCAGGAACAGUCUUCAAAUGCAUUAUUCUACACCAUGUCUUAUUACAGCACUGGCUAACCAUGGUUGACCAACUCCCUGACCAAAAUGGCUGACCUUUACCUUUAUCCAGGUUCAUGUCCAUUCUAGUAUUGUGUAAUUCCUAAUUCUAUGAGUAAGAGACUAGAGACAAAUGGACCAAAGCCUUUUUCUUCUGUAAUAUCUUCUGGAUACGGGCCCUUGUAGACCGAUUAUUUUAUCAUUCAAAUGUUGUUUUUAGUUUUUUUUGACUAUCUCAAAGUUUUAUCUAAGAGUGGAUUUUCCACACACUCUCUUAACUAUUGUUUGUUGUUGUCUCUGUUCCACAGGUCCUUGCCGGCAGAUGUGUGUGGUGAAAGUCAACAGAAUGGAAGUGGAGAGUGACCGGUUGGCCUUCCCCUGUCCUCCUGAACCUCUACGCCCCUCAUCUAGCCCUUCUCCCCCUCUCACCCCCGACUUCUCUUCUCUCCCCUCUCCCUCUCUCACCCCUGAUCCCUCUCCCUCCCCUGCCUCAAUGGACACCACAGAACAAGGGACAGGGGUAGGGACUCACCCCUCACCCCAUCUGCAUCCCACUAACCCCCCACAGGACCCCUCAGGGUCAGAGUUCACAGAGGUCAUUAAAGGACCCCAUCAGAGGUCCGAGGCUGCCCCUACACCUGCCCGAUCAGAAAGAACACAAACCCCAGGAGGACCCUUUAUGUCAGUAUGCAUAGAAUCUACUCCACUGGGACUGGCCCCUCGGGACUGCUCUAUGGAUGUCCACCCCUCUCCAGACUCCCUACGGACCCGAUUCCCUUCCCCCGGAACGGUGCGCCCGACUGGGGCUCAGGGGUGUACGGACUCAGCCUGUGGCCCUGGAGCUUUUCAAGCAAGCUCUUCUUACGUAGAGAAGUCGUCUCUAGCCCCGAUCCGAACCCCGAGCACGGAGUAUAAAAUGGAUACAUGUCAAGGUACUGCGGUGGAUACUAACAACUCCACAGCUACCACUACGACGCACAGCAGUCACAACUCUGGAAGCAGAACGCCUGCACUUUAUAAUGGCAUUUACACUAAUACUGACUCUGUGCCCAAAGGAUGUGUUAGCUCCAGCUCUGGUCCAUCUAACUUGUUCAGGUGUAGUGAACAGAACUGUGCCCCCGUACAAAACCCUUCCCCUCCAAGGUGUAGUUUACAAAACUGUUCCCCCGUUGACACCUCUCCCCCAUUUCCAAGGUGUAGUACCCAAAACUGCACCCCCGUUGAAAACUGUUCCCCUCCUCUCCUCCAGAGGAACGGCAGGGUAGACAUGCCCCUCCUCACCCCCGAACUGUCUGGAGAGGUGAGGCUCUGUCCCCCACUUCCCCCCGUUCUCACCCAGGAGAUGCCCUCCCUCACCCUCGCCAUCAGCGGAGGUCACGUCCAGGUCAAAGGUCCGAGGUCGUCCUCCUCGACUGCCCGACAUGGUGGUUCUCUAACGUUACCGGAUUUACCGGACAGUCGCCCGGUCCUCGCUCCAGUGCUCCAACGCGAGACGCCCACGACCCUCUCGUCAGAAACAGAAACGUUAACGGACGAGGUGUGCGAGGGGGAGUUGGCGUCAAAGAAGUCGAAGGAAGAGGAUUUUAGACCGUUGGCACUUUACAGCGACUGGUGCUUAGGUUCUACUGAAGACCACCACCAUAGACCAGAGCUGGAUUUACAGUUAGCGGCUUACGUGGCUAAUGCAUCUAGCGACGCUCGGCCCAAAAUGGCCGCCUCUGAGCACAAAAUGGCACCCUCUCGGCACUCCGGUCCUACCGAAGACCACCACCGUAGACCAGAGCUGGAGUUACAGUUAGCGGCUUACGCGGCUAAUGCAGCUAGCGACGCUCAACCCAAAAUGGACGCCCCUCUGCGCAAAAUGACCACCGCCGCUUCCUAUCUAGAAGCACUGCCAAUCCAGACGUUGUCUGAGGCAGUGCUGACCAUCGAGAACCACUGUAGCCGAACCUCAGCGGAGACCCAUGCUAGCAACCACAUGCUCUGUGACGUUACGCUACUGCAAACGCAGCAAAUCCAGAAACACAGGUCCUCGAAGGCAACUGCAACAGCAGCAGUAUCCAUGGAUUCCAACUCGGAAGGAUCAUCUCAAAGAGACAAAGUAUUUAGAGACUCCAGUGCUACGGGUAUAUAUCUAGCUAGCACCAGUUUGACUUCUAACAAUACGUUGGCCCACUCUUCUGAGCUGAGUGUUUUAAAUGAACAUUCAGCAACACUACAACACCAAAACAACAACAACGAAACUCCACACUCCAACAUGGAUGCCGUUUGUAGUUCACGAAACGUGGAAUCCAUUUGUAGUUCACGAAACGUGGAAUCCAUUUGUAGUUCACGUAACGUGGAAUCCAUUUGUAGUUCACGAAACGUGGAAUCCAUUUGUAGUUCACGAAACGUGGAUUCUAUUUCUGGUUCCAGAAACAUGGAAUCCAUUUGUAGUUCCCAAAACGUGGAUUCCAUUUGUAGUUCUCUAAACAUGGACUCUGUUUGUAGCUCCCAAAGCCUCUACCUGGAGCCCAAACCUUUCUCAGACGGCAUCUGGAAGAACCUCAACUCCCAGAGUCCUGCGGUGCUCAUCGAGAGCCUCCACCACCCGGAGCUCCCCGCUGAUUAUACCCACGAUGCACUGCCCUACACCAUGUGGACUGAGCCGCAGUGCAAAGAGGUCACAGACCUCGAUCACGACACUGAGACGGACGACCAGGACCUAGAGGGACAGGGGGAUGGGCCUCUCACCUGGGCCCAGCUGGAGUCCACCUCUCUGGGUUCGGCCGGUGUCGGGGAGCCCCUGGGUCUCUGUGGAGACUUUGAGCUCCAGAGAGGGGAGGUGGAGGCAGCGGAAGCCCUGGCUCUGUGCAGGGAACUGGGGGUGGAGAGGGAGGCCGAGGGGGGUCUAGAACCAGACCCUCCUGAAUCGCCCUUGGAGGAGAGACUUGUGGAAGGAGAGGAGGAGGGGGUGUCAGAAAUGGAAGAGGGGGAUUCGGAGGAAGAGGGGCAGAGCAGCACGAGGGAGGAGAGUAGUAGUGAGUCGUCGGAAGGAGAGGCAGAGGAAGAGGAGGAAGAAGGGGAGGAAGACGAUGAUAAUGAUUUGAGCGACUUUGAGUGUGGGGACUCGGGGCUGGAACCUGGAGAGGUUUGCACUGUGCGUAUGGCUGCUGAGACACACACGAUAACGCACACACACACACACACACGAUAACACACACACACACACAUACGAUAACACACAUACAAUAACACACACACACACACACACACAUACGAUAACACACAUACACACACACCUAUUCCAAUCCCUUUUGAUUGUCUUUUCAAAAACCAUGUUCUUUAAACAAAGACUGAUUUUUGACCAGAACCUUAUGGGCCCCUGUCAAAACAGCACUAUGGACCCUAGUCAAUUUAGUGCACUAUGGACCCUAGUCAAUUUAGUGCACUAUGGAUCCUAGUCAAUUUAGUGCACUAUGGACCCUAGUCAAUUUAGUGCACUAUGGACCUUAGUCAGUUUAGUGCACUAUGGACCCUAGUCAAUUUAGUGCACUAUGGAUCCUAGUCAAUUUAGUGCACUAUUGACCCUAGUCAAUUUAGUGCACUAUGGACCCUAGUCAAUUUAGUGCACUAUGGACCCUAGUCAAUUUAGUGCACUAUGGACCCUAGUCAAUUUAGUGCACUAUGGACCCUAGUCAAUUUAGUGCGCUAUGGACCCUAGUCAAUUUAGUGCACUAUGGACCCUAGUCAAUUUUAGUGCCUAUGGACCCUAGUCAAUUUCGUGCACUAUGGACCCUAGCAAUUUUCGAGCACUAUGGAUCCUAGCCCUCAAUUUAGGUGCACUAUGGACCCUUCAAUUUUUGCACUAUGGACCCUAGCAAUUUAGUGCACUAUGGAACCCAUAGUCAAUUUAUGCACUUUACCCUAGCACUUUCGUGGCACGAUGGACCCUAGUCAAUAUUAGUGCACUAUGGAACCCUAGUUCAUUUAGGGCCUGACCUGUCCUUGUCCUAGUACCAUUGCUGCACUAGGUGAGACCAGUCAAAGUGCAUGGCGUCACCCUCUGGAACCCUACUGCAGGCCCUGCCCGCUUGUGCACAGGACCUGUCAAUUACGGUAGCACAACACACACACAUCACGCAGAAUACCACACUGACACCAACCCCAGCUGAACCCACACACCCUGCUACCCAACCACAGCUCCACACACACACACACACAAGACAUUGAACCACCACACCCCAACAAGACACUGAAAGCACACCCAAACCCACUCACACCCCCUGCGCAACAGGUGUCAGCGUGACGUACCACACACACACACACACACACACACAACGUACACACAGACACACACAGAACACACACACAGACAUGAACGUACACACACAGUUUGAGAUGAUGGUAGGUUUACCGUUGAGCUUAGCCUCAGAAUGAUAAGAAAAACAAACAUUUUAUUGACUGUGUCCGUUGACAAUGUUUUUAAAUAUUUUUAUUGGACAUAUACGGUUUUUGAAAUAGGUUAUUAUAUAGAGUAAGCAUCAUACAUAAAUCAGAUUACAAUAUUAAGCCGCCCCAAACAAACCAAACCCAACCUAUAAUAUUAAAACAAAACAUUCCCUGUUAUUCCAUUGAAAAUGUCCAAGGCGCUUGUAACGCCAGGGUAGUGGGUUCGAUCCCCGGGACCACCCAUACGUAAAAAUGUAUGCACACAUGACUGUAAGUCGCUUUGGAUAAAAGCGUCUGCUAAAUGGCAUAUUAUAUUAUAUUAUUAUUAUUUAACCAGGCAAGUCCGUUAAAGACAAAUUCUUAUUUUCAAAGACUGCCUGAAGUCCCAUACAAACGUGAUAAACUGUAAUGAUUACAUACAAUGACUAUGGGCACGAAUAAAACAAACAACAUUUAGUCAAAUAAUUUCAGCUAACUCAAACUACCCAAAACAGCUGCCAAAAACGACUCAAAAUAGCUACCUUAAACUACUCAAAACAGCUACCCAAAACAACCCCUGAACUACCCAAAACGUCCUCAAACUACCAAAACCGCUACUACUACUAACUACCAUAAACUACCCAAAACGGCUACAACAAACGACCCAGAAUGACUACCACAAACGACCCAGAAUGACUACCACAAACAACCCAGAAUGACUACCACAAACGACCCAGAAUGACUACCACAAACGACCCAGAAUGACUACCACAAACGACCCAGAAUGACUACCACAAACGACCCAGAAUGACUACCACAAACGACCCAGAAUGACUACCACAAACGACCCAGAAUGACUACCACAAACGACCCAAAAUGACUACCACAAACGACCCAAAACUCCAGUGAUGGCUGUUUUGGUUGUGAUACAGUGACUACAGUAGUUGGAGUUGAGGUUGUUUUGGAUCAUUAGUAGGACCCACAACAGUAAACAACAGUUAACAGGGGCGGCAGGUAGCCUAGCGGUUAAGAGCGUUGGGCCAGUAACCCAAAGGUCGCUGGUUUGAAUCCCCCAGCCGACUAGGUGAAAAAUAUGUCCUUGAGCAAGGCAACUAACCCUAAUUGCUCCUGUAAGUCUCUCUGGAUAAGAGCGUCUGCUAAAUGACAAAAAAUGUAAACUGUUACUAAAAGCAUCAGCAUCAAGUUUCCUGUUAGUCUAGUUCAACAGUCAAGUUUCUUUAACUCAGUCCCAGAUCAGUCUGUUUUAUUCUUUACCCAGAACCCCCGGAGGCGUGUUUGACGGAGGAGCAGGAGGCUGAGCCAUGGGCUAAGCCCCUCCUCUUCUUGUGGCAGAACAGGAAGUGUUACUUCACGGCGGAGAGAGAGUACAACGCCAACGCAGCAACGAUGUUGCCCCACUGUGCUGUCUGCACACUGUUCAUGCCCUACUACCAGGUACACAGACAGUGUAGAAGGCGACUAGUUUCACCAACCGUUUUUGAGUCUACUCCUACAACCAUCGACAGCCACGCGACUGUCAUCAACCCUCAAGCGCAGAGACACAUUACUAUCUGAAACUCUCCUUCUAAUCUCUUCCUCUUCUCCCCCCCCCCCUCCCCCCAGCCUGAGGACAGAGCUGACGACCUCAAGCCCGUCCCCUCCUCCCCUCUCCCUCCAUCCUCCCCCCCCUCCCCCAGAGGAGGAGCAGGGGCUCUGAGGAGGAGCAAGCCCCUGCUGCCAGAGAUGUGUUUCAGCUACAGGGAGCAGACGUGUCCCCCGACCCCCAUCAACGCCCUGCUGCAGGAGGAUGGCACCAGCCCACUGCUCACCUGUCAGGGAUGCUGUCUACAGGUCCAUGCUAGUGAGUAGGGAGGGAGAGAGGGGUGUGGAGGGAAGGUUGCGUGCUUCAUGUUCCCAACUCUGGUGGAAAAAGUUCACUGAGUACAAAGCCUGUGUGUGUGUGUCUCUCUGAGAGGUUGUGGUUAGUUCUCGCUCUCUUUCUCCCUCGCUCUCUCUCUCUCUCUCUCUCUUGCUCUCUUUCUCCCUCUCUCUCUCUCUCUCGCUUUCUCUCUUUCUCUCUCUCUCUCUCUCUCAUUAGUUGUGUUUCUCUCGUCAGCUGAGGGUGAAUCUUCUCGUCUUACUACACACAUCCUGUACAACUGUCCUUGCCAAUACCACACACACACACACACACACACACACACACACACACACACCACACACACACAGAGAGACCCACACAGAGACAGAGCCACAGGAUAAAUAUGGUAUAAUGUGUCUUCCUGUCUGUUAUUUGAACAUUUGAAAGGAGUCUAACUGUCUGUUUUGGUUUGAUGAUGAAUAGCAGAUGAUUUGGAGAAGGGAAAACACACACACACUUUCAUGUCCUGUCCCCGUACCGUCAGUGUCCUGUCCCCGUACCGUCGGUGUCCUGUCCCCGUACCGUCAGUGUCCUGUCCCCGUACCGUCAGUGUCCUGUCCCCGUACCGCCAGUGUCCUGUCCCCAUACCGUCAGUGUCCUGUCCCCGUACCCUCAGUGUCCUGUCCCCGUACCGUCAGUGUCCUGUCCCCGUACCGUCAGUGUCCUGUCCCCGUACCGUCAGUGUCCUGUCCCCGUACCGCCAGUGUCCUGUCUCCAUACCGUCAGUGUCCUGUCCCCGUACCGUCAGUGUCCUGUCCCCGUACCGUCAGUGUCCUGUCCCCGUACCAUCAGUGUCCUGUCCCCAUACCGUCAGUGUCCUGUCCCCAUACCGUCAGUGUCCUGUCCCCGUACCGUCAGUGUCCUGUCCCCGUACCGCCAGUGUCCUGUCCCCGUACCGUCAGUGUCCUGUCCCCGUACCGUCAGUGUCCUGUCCCCGUACCGUCAGUGUCCUGUCCCCAUACCGUCAGUGUCCUGUCCCCGUACCGUCAGUGUCCUGUCCCCGUACCGUCAGUGUCCUGUCCCCAUACCGUCAGUGUCCUGUCCCCGUACCAUCAGUGUCCUGUCCCCGUACCGUCAGUGUCCUGUCCCCGUACCGUCAGUGUCCUGUCCCCGUACCGCCAGUGUCCUGUCCCCGUACCGUCAGUACCACAGGCUGAUUUAGCAUAGCCAGUUAGUGAGUGAUGCUGAUCCAUCGUGUCAUGCUAACACACUCCUGUCAUUACUGUAGAUAGAUGGAGUGGUAGGGACCGGGCUUAGAUAUCUCUAUACACAUGCCACCUCUCCUCUGCAUGCUAUCAACCACUCUUUCAGCAUGACUGGGAGCUACAAUAGAGAUGGAAAAUGUGGUUUCACUAACUGUAUGUGUGUGAUUUCUCCUAGUGUGUCUGUGUGCCAGAACGUUACACUGUUACACACCCUGUCUGUUUUCUAGUGGAUAUGGAACGUUCUGUCUGUUUUCUAGUGGAUAUGGAACGUUCUGUCUGUUUUGUAGUGGAUAUGGAACGUUCUGUCUGUUUUCUAGUGGAUAUGGAACGUUCUGUCUGUUUUCUAGUGGAUAUGGAACGUUCUGUCUGUUUUGUAGUGGAUAUGGAACGUUCUGUCUGUUUUCUAGUGGAUAUGGAACGUUCUGUCUGUUUUCUAGUGGAUAUGGAACGUUCUGUCUGUUUUCUAGUGGAUAUGGAAUGUUCUGUCUGUUUUCUAGUGGAUAUGGAACGUUCUGUCUGUUUUCUAGUGGAUAUGGACGUUUGUCUGUUUUCUGUUUCUAGUGGAUAUGGAACGUUCUGUCUGUUUUCUAGUGGAUAUGGAACGUUCUGUCUGUUUUCUAGUGGAUAUGGAACGUUCUGUCUGUUUUCUAGUGGAUAUGGAACGUUCUGUCUGUUUUCUAGUGGAUAUGAAACGUUCUGUCUGUUUUCUAGUGGAUAUGGAACGUUCUGUCUGUUUUCUAGUGGAUAUGGAACGUUCUGUCUGUUUUGCUAGUGGAUAUGGAACGUUCUGUCUGUUUUGUAGUGGAUAUGGAACGUUCUGUCUGUUUUGUAGUGGAUAUGGAACGUUCUGUCUGUUUUCUAGUGGAUAUGGAACGUUCUCUUUCUGGCAGUGGUGCACAAACAUUCUUCUAAAAUGUUGAAAAUCUUCUGCCUUCCAAGAUAAAACAAUCUUAGUCUAUUCAUGUGUUUUAGCUGUGGCUAUUUCCUCUGAUUGACCAUGUGGCCUUCCCCAUGUAGCCUAUAUUAGAUGAUAUAGGAUCUGUUGUGAUGGGAUGUUGUGUGGUUCAAUUCUGUGUUUUCAUGCUUCUUCCUGUACCGUCACCGCUAGGUUGCUAUGGCGUCACUGCUGCUGAUGUCAGCAAGGACUGGUCAUGUGAUCGCUGUGCGGACGGAACCUUCACGGCUGUAAGUAGCCAAUCAGAUUUGUUUCUUAUCACUUUAAUAGAUGUUGUUGAUUUGAUUAGUCUAUUAUAACUAUGAACAUUUUUAUUUAUGAUUUAUAAAAGAUGAAUGAAAGGAUGGAUGGUGGAUGGAUGGAUGGAUGGAUGGAUGGAUGGAAGGAUGGAUGGACGGAUGGAUGUAACCUCCCUCUUUCUCUCUCUCUCUCCUCUCUCUCUUUCUCAGGAGUGUUGUCUGUGUAAUCUGAGAGGAGGAGCUCUGAAGAAAACUACAGAUGACAAGUAAGGACAAUUAUGAAUGACCCUCAGUUAUUAUGAAUGACCCAUCAGUUAUUAUGAAUGACCCAUCAGUUAUUAUGAAUGACCCAUCAGUUAUUAUGAAUGACCCCAUCAGUUAUUAUGAAAUGACACCAUCAGUUUUUAUUAUGAAUACCCAUCAGUUAUUAUGAAUUGACCCAUCAGUUAUUAUGGAUACCCAUCAGUUAUUAUGAAUGACCCAUCAGUAUUAUGAAUUCCCAUCAGUUUGUUAUGAAUGCCCUUCAGUUAUUAUGAAUGACCCAUCAGUUAUUAUGAAUGACCCAUCAGUUAUUAUGAAUGACCCAUCAGUUAUUAUGAAUUACCCAUCAGUUAUUAUGAAUGACCCAUCAGUUAUUAUGAAUGACCCAUCAGUUAUUAUGAAUGACCCAUCAGUUAUUAUGAAUGACCCAUCAGUUAUUAUGAAUUACCCAUCAGUUAUUAUGAAUGAACCAUUUAGUUAUCAUGAAUGACCCAUUUAGUUAUUAUGAAUGACCCAUUAGUUGAUCAGUAGAUUUGUCUUUGUGUUGUUAAUGCGGUAAAGGUACUGACUGUGUUUGUGUCGUUAAUGCGGUAAAGGUCUGACUGUGUUUGUGUUGUUAAAGCGGUAAAGGACUGUCUUUGUGUCGUUGAUGCGGUAAAGGACUGUCUUUGUGUCGUUGAUGCGGUAAAGGACUGUCUUUGUUGUUAAUGUGGUAAAGGACUGUCUUUGUUGUUAAUGUGGUAAAGGACUGUCUUUGUGUCGUUAAUGCGGUAAAGGACUGUCUUUGUGUCGUUGAUGCGGUAAAGGACUGUCUUUGUUGUUAAUGUGGUAAAGGACUGUCUUUGUGUCGUUAAUGCGGUAAAGGACUGUCUUUGUCGUUAAUGCGGUAAAGGACUGUCUUUGUUGUUAAUGUGGUAAAGGACUGUCUUUGUGUCGUUGAUGCGGUAAAGGACUGUCUUUGACGUUGAUGCGGUAAAGGACUGUCUUUGUGUCGUUAAUGCGGUAAAGGACUGUCUUUGUGUCGUUAAUGCGGUAAAUGACUGUCUUUGUCGUUAAUGCGGUAAAGGACUGUCUUUGUCGUUAUGCGGUAAAGGACUGUCUUUGUGUCGUUGAUGCGGUAAAGGACUGUCUUUGUGUCGUUGAUCCGGUAAAGGACUGUCUUUGACGUUGAUGCAUUAAAGGACUGUCUUUGUGUCAUUGAUGCGGUAAAGGACUGUCUUUGUCGUUAAUGUGGUAAAGGACCGUCUUUGUCGUUAAUGUGGUAAAGGACUGUCUUUGUGUCGUUGAUGCGGUAAAGGACUGUCUUUGUGUCGUUAAUGCGGUAAAGGACCGUCUUUGUCGUUAAUGCAGUAAAGGACCGUCUUUGUGUCGUUGAUGCGGUAAAGGACCGUCUUUGUGUCGUUAAUGCGGUAAAGGACUGUCUUUGUGUCGUUAAUGCGGUAAAGGACUGUCUUGUGUCGUUAAUGCGGUAAAGGACUGUCUUUGUGUCGUUAAUGCGGUAAAGGACCGUCUUUGUGUCGUUAAUGCGGUAAAGGACCGUCUUUGUGUCGUUAAUGCGGUAAAGGACCGUCUUUGUGUCGUUAAUGCGGUAAAGGACUGUCUUUGUGUCGUUAAUGCGGUAAAGGACUGUCUUUGUGUCGUUAAUGCGGUAAAGUACUGUAUUUGUGUCGUUAACGCAGUAAAGGACUGUCUUUGUGUCGUUAACGCGGUAAAGAACUGUCUUUGUGUCGUUAAUGCGGUAAAGGACUGUCUUUGUUUCGUUAAUGUGGUAAAGGACUGUCUUUGUGUCGUUAAUGCGGUAAAUAACUGUCUUUGUGUCGUUAAUGCGGUAAAGGACUGUCUUUGUGUCGUUAAUGCGGUAAAGGACUGUCUUUGUGUCGUUAAUGCGGUAAAGGACUGUCUUUGUGUUGUUAAUGUGGUAAAGGACUGUCUUUGUGUCGUUAAUGCGGUAAAGGACUGUCUUUUUUUAGACACUUUUGGUACUUUUUCUAUCUGUCACCGUUGACAUUUCAAUCCUUGACUGUAAUGUGAUUUUGGGAUCAAAUAUUUAAAGUGUCUGUGUGUGUGUGUGUGUGUGUGUGUCUGUGUGUGUGUGUGUGUGUGUGUGUGUGUGUGUGUGUGUGUGUCUGUGUGUGUGUGUGUGUGUGUGUGUGUGUGUUGUGUGUGUGUCUGUGUGUGUGUAUGUGUAUGUGUGUUGUGCGUGUGCGUGUGCGUGUGCGUGUGUGUGUUGUGUGUGUGUGUGUGUGUCUGUGUGUGUGUGUGUGUGUGUGUGUGUGUGUAGGUGGGCCCAUGUGAUGUGUGCAGUAGCUCUGCCAGAGGUCUGGUUCAGUGAUGAAGUCAGGAGGAGUCCCAUUGAUACCAGCAGGAUACCCAUGCAGAGAUACAAACUGGUGAGGACACACACACACACACACACACACACACACACACACACACACACACACGCAUACACACACACUCACACAUACACACACACGCACACGCACACACACAAGCACACAUACACACACACACACACACACAGGAAUCCCCAGGGCCUAGUGGAAUAGUCUAAUUUAAUAGUGUUCAGUGGUAAUUAACAAUGUGCCCCCAAUCAACACUGGAUCAUGAACUCCUGUGCGAGAGAGAAUGGGUGUGCAUGUGUCUGCGUCUGUGAGUGAUUGAGGACACCGUUGUGUUUUCAGUGAUGAGUUGGGAGAGACUGAGGGUGGCGCUGAUCACCUCUCUCUCUCUCUCUCCCUGCAGUCGUUCGUUCACUCAUUCAGUUCGCUGGCGUUGGACCCAUCCCCCCCCCCGCAACCCUACACAUUCAUAAUUUAUACACAGAGAGAGAAACCCGUUGUCCUCGCAGCAGUGCAGUCUAACACCAUGUAUAAUUUACUGUGUGGAGGUUCUUUAUGCAUGGCUCAACUCAGGCUGCAGGCAGGGCCCCAAUAUACUCAGGAGAUAUACCAGUAGAGGAGAGGACAGAACAGCCAGGGAGGGGAGGGGAGAGGGGGGUUACACACAUCCCAAUAAUCUCUGCUGCUUCCUCCUGGGUGGUAGUGGCCAUUGGCGCGUUCUCCAGCCAAAGAUUUUAGAGACCCUCUUGCCAUUAUAUAUAUAUAUAUAUAUAUAUAUAUAUAUAUUUAUUAUUAUUUUUGUUGUUGCUGUAAUGCCAAUUUCCUGCAAUUCUACACAUUUUGCCAUUGGGCUGAGAGAAAAUGUGCUGUUUUUAAAGCCGAUUUCCUGCAAUUGCACACUUUUUUGCCAUGGCUUAUGUUAUCUGAGUUACUCAAACAUAACAAAAUCAAUGGGGGCCCCAUGCCAUGACAUUUAGGGAAUUUUAGAUUGUCCCCGACUGUCUAUUUAUUUUUUUAUGUUGGUGGUCGUUAGUUCUCAGAGAGGAUCUUAUCGAUCCAGUAUCUUUUGUACAUACUUUAGAUCAGGGUUAAGACGUUUAUGUUGACACUGAAAACGUUUCACCGUCCAGAAAAUGAUUCGCUUUUUGGAGUGAAUUCGCCCCGUCACUGCUAAAUGAAUAUAGGGGAAACACUGCAUAUGUAGCUAUGGUAGUGUUCAUCAGUAGUGAUGUGAUGCAAUAAUCACUGAUGCUAUUCAAGCUAAUGAUUUAUAGGGUUACAUAUGUAGCACUAUGAUGCUUACUGGAAGCUAAUGAUGGGGUUUAAAUCUGUAAUGGAAUGUGUUGAUCUCCAGCUGUGUAGAAACACUAGCUAGGUAUACACGUGGUCCUCUGUAGCUCAGCUGGUAGAGCACGACGCCAAGGUAGUGGGUUCGAUCCCCGGGACCACCCAUACACAAAAAAAAAAAAAUUAUGCACGCAUGACUGUAAGUCGCUUUGGAUAAAAGCGUCUGCUAAAUGGCAUAUUAUUAUUAUAUUAUUAUUAUUAUUAUUAUUAUUAUUAUUAUUAUUAUUAUUAUUAUUAUAUCAGUUGAGUUGAUUCUGAUGCUUUGUCUUCCAUCUUAACUAUAGAGUGAAAUCUGUUGGCUGAUGCUUACAGUCUUCUAUGUUAACUAACUAUAGGGUUACAUCUGUAACGGGGUGUGGUCAUCUCCUGCUCUAUAGAGACAUUUAGUUUAGAUGAACAUGUUUUAUUUCCAUAUGCGUUAGCUUAGUGAAUUCAGUUGAGUUGAUUCUCUGGAGGAGAGUCUGAGGUGAUUAUAGUCAGUUGAGUUGAUUCUCUGGAGAAGAGUCUGAGGUGAUUAUAGUCAGUUGAGUUGAUUCUCUGGAGAAGAGUCUGAGGUGAUUAUAGUCAGGUGGGAGAGGGGAUGUCUGUACAUGGUUUUAUAACGUGUGUCUCUCUCUGUGUAGAAGUGCAUCUACUGCCGUAAGCGGUGUGUGAGGCGUGGCCAGGGCGGGGGAGGGGCAUGUAUCCAGUGUUCGUGCGGGCGAUGUCCCACCUCCUUCCACGUUACCUGUGCCCACGCCGCCGGGGUCACCAUGGAGCCGGACGAUUGGCCCUACGUGGUGUCAAUCACCUGCCACAGGCAUCAAUCACGGAGCUCGUCUGCUGUGAGUACUCAGAGCGGCUCCGCUUCUUUCCCUCCCCCCACUGGACGUAACACACACACACACACACACACACACACACACCAAGUAGACAUACACACACACGCUUGCAUAAGACAACUACACGUCCAUCUCAACCCCUCUGAACAGGUCCAUUUUCUUUACAAACUGACUUUAUUUGUCUUUUCCUAACAUCAACUUUGGAGGCUUGGUUACCGUAGAACUUUGAGGCUUGGUUACCGUAGAACUUUGAGGCUUGGUUACCGUAGAACUUUGAGGCUUGGUUACCGUAGAACUUUCUACUGGUGACACACUCCGGUCUUUUAUCUUCAGCCAGACAGUGAUAUCUCUCUCUCCCUCCCCCCUACUCCCCCCCUCUCUCUCCCUCCCCCCUACUCCCCCCCUCUCCCUCCCUCCUCCCCCCCUCUCUCUCCCUACUCCCCCCCUCUCUCUCCCUACUCCCCCCCUCUCUCUCCCUCCUCCCUACUCCCCCCCUCUCUCUCCCUCCUCCCUACUCCCCCCCUCUCUCUCCAUCCCUCCAUCUCUCUCUCUCAGCAGCGUGCAGCGUUUCAGAAGGACAUCGUACUGGGUCAGACCGUCAUCUCCAAACACAAGAACCUGAGGUACUACAGUUCAAAGGUCACCCAGGUGACCUCCCAGACCUUCUAUGAGGUCAUUCCCCCUACUCACGAUCCUUCCACACGACACCUACCCAGAGGAUAUAGUGGUGAGGAGGGACACACACACACACACACACACACACACACACACACACACACACACACACACAUCCCUACCCAGAGGACAUAGUGGUGAGGAGGGACACACACACACACACACACACACACACACACACAUCCCUACCCAGAGGAUAUAGAGGUGAGGAGGGACACACACACACACACACACCACACACACAUCCCUACCCAGAGGACAUAGUGGUGAGGAGGGACACACACACACACACACACACACACACACACACCACACACACAUCCCUACCCAGAGGACAUAGUGGUGAGGAGGGACACACACACACACACACACACACACACACACACACACACACACACACACACACCCCUACCCAGAGGAUAUAGAGGUGAGUCCCUCCUCCCACACCACUGAGCUCUUCUCUCCUGUCCUCUCAGAGCAGGGACUGUGCCCGUCUUGGUCCUCCUGA